CGGGAGCAGCAGCAGCAUGGAGCUGGGCUGGCUGCUGUGGGGCGCGGCGGUGCUGCUGCUGCUGCACGUCCUGAUGGAGCUGAGCCCCGCCGUCAACUUCGCGCUGCGGAUCGGCUUCUACUACCUGCUCUUCUUCGUCUGCUCGGCGUUCACGGCGCCCGUCUGCCUGCUGGUCAACGGCGGGCGAACCGUCAAGAACAUGAGGAUCAUCAAAACUGUAGUCAAGACCUUCAAGUAUUUCUUUGGCCUGAGGUUUGAGGUGAAAGGGCUGGAGAACUUCGAGGUGGAGGGCCCUGCCAUCAUCGUGUCCAACCACCAGAGCAUCCUCGACAUGAUGGGGCUGAUGGAGGUCCUGCCCGACGACUGUGUCCAGGUGGGAAAGAAGGAGCUGAUGUACGCCGGCACUGUGGGGCUCAUCAUCUACCUCGGUGGUGUCAUCUUCAUCAACAGGAAGAGCACCAGCAGUGCCAAGAUGGUGAUGGCGGAGGUGGCCAAGACUAUGGCGACCGAUAACGUGAAGGUGUGGGUGUACCCAGAGGGCACGAGGAACUGCACCGGGGAUUUGCUGCCGUUCAAGAAGGGAGCGUUUCACGUCGCCGUCCAGGCACAGGUCCCGGUGAUCCCCGUGGUGUAUUCCUCCUUCACCACCUUCUAUAACCCAAAGAAGAAUCUAUUCACGUCAGGCAAAAUCAAGGUCGAGGUUCUGCCUCCGAUAGAGACCAAAGGCCUGACGUCAGACGAUGUCUCUGACCUUACCGACAGAUGCUACCGCACCAUGAGGGAGACCCUCUUCAGGCUGUCCGGCCGCCCAGGCGAGGUGAAGGACUCGUCCUAGAUGCUUCUCCAGUGGUGUCACCGUGCGGUGGUGGCUGAAGGGACCUGUCUGUUGCCAAAUACCCAAGGAACUUCUCUUCCUCUGCAGUGACUUCUAACUCUGGGGACAUCGUGGACUGGCACACGAGGUGUGCUGAGCCAGCGCUGAGGUUCCCCAUUGAGUGGAUUUCUCUUCUGGGUACACUAUCUUGCAAUGAAACGUCUCCUUUUUCUGUAUUUCUCAGGCAUCAAACUUGUGCUACCAAAGGG